AUGGGAGACGAAAAGGAAGGGGGGAAAUGGAAAGAGAGCGCCAAGGACCCGGAGGUGUGGUACAACAAGGUCGAGGACGGGGCGGCAUGGUUCAUGAGGAAAUGGCACAGGCAGGGGGCGGAAGCGUCCGCGAAGCGCCAGCGCGCGAGGGAAGCAGAAGCAGAGAGUACGGCCACGUCAGGACCGAAGAGAAUGAGAGCCGGGGAAGCGGCGGUGGGGGGGAAGAAACGGCGACGGGGCACUGCUGUAGAAGCGAGUAGGGCGGCCGAGGCAGCACUUGUGGCGAACCAUGUACCCGGCUGAUGUUGUUGCGCCCUGUUUCCCUCCCUGCUGUAUGCUAUACUCCGUUAUGUAUGUCCUUUGUAUUGCCUUCGGCCUCUGUGCUGUGUUUCUUUUCUUCAAGGCCUCCCUGCCUACUCUGCUGUGUUGGGUACCUUGAUCUCGCUUUUGCUGUUGCCUUUGUUUUUGUACGUCUGGCUGUCUGCCCAUCUGCCGCCUCUUUGUCCUGUUUGCUCCGUUACUCCCAUGCCCCGGUGCGUCGUGCCUGGUGCUGGUACGUUACCCUCUGAUAAUUUCUUUAGGCGGGUGUGGGAAGCGUCCUCCUCUAUUUUAGUUUUUUUUUUUUUGAUCGGUUUCCGAGGGCUCUUUUCUCGAACGGUCGGUGCGAUACCUGUGCUUUUCUUUCUAUCAUUUUGUUUUCUUGUUCCGAGUGGUUUGUACCCAAUUUUUGUUUUGUUUCCCCGCGGCGUCGUGUGUGCCGGAUUUUGAGACCACGGGCUCCCCAUUUUUGUGGACUAUAGAGCUAAUGUGAGAAACAACAACAACAACUACUACCACUGUGUGCGAAAGAGAUCAAUCCUUACAUCAACGACCACGUGCGUUGCUAGUUCGUGGUGACCGUUGUACUGUAGGAGAUCCUAUUCUACCGAGCAAGGAAAAAUUGUGUAGACUAUCAUGUACAAACAUUCGCGGUGGAUGCCUGCUACGUAGACAAAGGGACCUGCACCUCCUUCCCGUGAGUGUCAUGAGUUACCGCUCGUUGAAUGCACUGCUGUCGAGAGGAGUGGGUCUGAUGAGUCGAUGAAAUAUUCAUUUUUUCCUCAGUUUGCAGCAAAACAAUAGUGUACUUUGGAAGACAAAAUUCUUCGAGGAAGACUGUGUGUGAUUUUUCGUCCUAUCUAUGUAUUAUGGCGACAGUCCCCCCAUUUUUCGUGGUGGGACGUGUACGACACUUUUCAGCGUAUGUAGGGUACUACACUUUUCAGUGUAUUUUUUCGAACAACUUCGACCAUCCAGGGUCAGACAGGAGGGGGGUAAACACAAGGGCUUUUUCUUCUUAUUUCUUUUCAUACCCCACCUUCCUCCUGCGGUGCGUGCUGAAUUUUUAUUUUUAUCGCGAGAAGGGUCCAGCCGUCCCUUUCCCUCGUCAACGGUGCUAACGUCGAAGUUUGGUACUCACGAGAGCUUGUCAGCUAUAUUUCGCUUCCACCCGCACAUUUCGUAAUUAUUUUCACCCCGUGGGGAUUC